GUAAACUAACAUGUAAAGCUUAUUUUGACAGAGAGAGAGAGUUGGGCUCAGGUUUGAGGGGAAGUGCACACAGAGCUUUCGGCCUCUUGAAGGCGUCGGCCUGUUUGAUGGACAGCUGGUUGGGCCAAUGGGAAGAGAGGAAGUAGAUGUGACGGUUUACUGGCGUGAACAAAGAUGGAGCCCACAAGAGAGAAAGAGAAGGAGGGAAUAAAAGAGCGGUGGGUAAAACAUGUCUCCUCAUCAGCUACACAACCAACGCUUUCCCUGGAGAGUACAUCCCUACUGUCUUCGAUAACUACUCGGCCAACGUGAUGGUGGACAGCAAGCCGGUGAACCUGGGACUCUGGGACACGGCGGGACAGGAGGACUACGACAGGCUCCGCCCCCUGUCCUACCCACAGACGGACGUCUUCCUGAUCUGCUUCUCCCUCGUGAGCCCGGCGUCCUACGAGAACGUCAGAGCCAAGUGGUACCCGGAGGUCCGCCACCACUGCCCCUCCACCCCCAUCAUCCUCGUGGGCACCAAGCUGGACUUGCGGGACGAGAAGGAGGCCAUCGAGAAGCUGAAGGAGAAGAAGCUGGCCCCCAUCACCUACCCCCAGGGCCUGGCGCUGGCCAAGGAGAUCGACUCGGUGAAGUACCUGGAGUGCUCGGCGCUGACGCAGCGCGGCCUGAAGACGGUGUUCGACGAGGCCAUCCGGGCCGUGCUCUGCCCUCAGCCCACCAAGGUCAAGAAGAAGCCGUGCUCGCUGCUCUGAAGCGAGCAGGAAGAAGACCCCAGAGUUCAGACGACGAGGUUGAAAAGAAGAUUUUAAAGUUCUGUUUAUGUUUCUAACAGAAAACUAUGAAUAAUAAAUCCACCAGUUAAACAUAAAUAUAGCUUUUUCAGUUCUGAUGAAACGUUUCUGUGCAGCAUGACUGAUUCAUAAAGUUCAUUUCACAAAUCCAAUGGAAUAAAUCCCUAAAUGUGGAACACUAGCUUUAGUUCAUUCCCUCACUGGCCACCAGGGGGCGACGGCGAGCACGUCUGUAAUGAUCAUAUUUGGACUUGUAUUAAAAUGUUUUUUUGAGGGUGACAAACAACGAUGAAAACACCAGAGUGCAGUUUGUUUGACGAGCGGCGAGCUGAACAAUGUAUCUGAAUAAAAGUUAUGAACAAACGUA